CUCAUGAGAACUGAUGAAGAUCGGGUUCAACCUUUACAACCUUUAACGCUCAAAUUAAAACGUUCAGCAAGUGGAAUACAGAGACUGGCGACUACAACUCUAACUCCACCUUUACAUAUAAAACCCUCAUCCACUUCUGCUUUUCCGACAACUUCUGCACUUAAAUCAACGGCAGGGACUUCGAAUAAUUGUUCACCUUCUAGUGUACAAGCAGCUCGAAAAAGUGUGCAAUCUACAGCAGAAUUGGUUGCCCAGAUUAGCGAACAAUUACAACAUUAUGGUACUAUUUUUGAUACAUCAACUUUGGCUUCUAAUAGUAAUAACAAUAUUAAAGAGACAAAUAAACAACAAUUACAUUUACAGAGAAAUGCCAAUUCGUUGUCUUCUUUGCCGGAAAACGAUGUUGAAAUUGUUGGUGAAUCCACAGCUAAAAAGCGGCGUGGUAAAAUGUCUGAUCAAAUUCAAAACCACUCUCAAGACAUUGAGUUGUUAAAUGGCAGACAUAAAACAGAAAAUGCUGUAAAUAAUAAAAAAGAAGGAAAGAAGAAACGUGGUCGACCUAAAAUGACAGAAACGGGUAUUUAUUUAAAUAAUUUGAAUGAUGGAAUGAAUGAAAGGUCAACAAUUACUAAAACUUUAAAGUCUUCAAAGGAAGUUGGCAAUACUCAAAAAUUUAAUUGGUUCGAGAAAUAUCCAUUGCCAAAUGUUGGGAAUGUUGAUUCAACAUCACAAAUUCCUUCAACAAUAUUAGAGAAUCCUUGUAAUUCUUAUGCACUUCCAGUAAAUAAUGGACAAAAUUUGACAAAAGAAGAAGAAAAACGUAAAAUUUUAAUAUUGCCAUAUAUGGAUAUUGGAGAACCAGAUUGGCUUGUACACGGGUUACCAGAACGUGAACGUUAUCUAUUUCCUGAUUUUGAUUCUUUCUCAUCAUCAUUUCAGUCAUUAAAACAAAAAUUUAAAGAAAGUGAUAGAAAUUGGCGACUUUAA